GUCACUUAGACUUUUAAAAUGUUAUAUCCGAUUCAUAAUAAAUUUAAAAUUUAAAUAUAUUCAUAAUGUCCGAAAAUGAAGGAAGUCUAACUAGGAGAAUUGCAUUUGUCAAUCCAAAUGAUUUCGAUUUAACCGAUUGCUGUCGGAUCUGUAAAUGUCGAGCAACUACAGAAAAUGGUAUUAAAUUACGUCCACUAUUCAAUGGCCGACGCCUAACACGCAUUAUAGCUAAUACAAUACACAUUGAGACCUUUGCCCAGAUAAAAGACAUUCAGGGCUUGCCGCGUUUUUUGUGUGACAAGUGUUUGGACGUUUUAAAAACGUUUUCAAUUUUUCAAGUGGAUUUCCGACGCUCCGAAGAGGAUUUCAAAAUGACAAUCGAGGCACGGCGCACCUAUCAGAUGGAUACUUUGAUGGAAUUUUCGUCGGCCAUCGAAAUGGAAAAGCAACGAGAGAAUGAUCAGAAGAACGCUGCACUUGUUACUAAUUUUUUAAAGAAGGCAAAAAAAAAUAACAAAUCUAAACCGAAACUUCAAAAUUGAAAAUU